AUGGAAUUGUUACCUCAGGGUCAAAGGAACAACACUCAAGUGACCUUUGAAGAUCAGCAGAAGAUCAACGAAUUCUCGAAGUUGAUCAUGCGCAAAGACACCAUCGCGCAGGAGUUAACUUUACAGAGGCAGGAGAAGGAGUAUCUCGAUGAUGUUUCUCUAGAAAUCGAACUAAUUGAUGAGGAUGAGCCCGUGCAAUAUAAGGUGGGCGAACUCUUCAUCUUCAUGAAGCAGAGCAAAGUUACCGCACAGCUCGAAGAAGACACACAAACUCUCGACAACAAAAUACAGAUUUUGGAAGACAAACAAGGAGACAUUGAUGCUCGUCUUGAUGCUCUGAAGGCUGCCCUUUAUGCCAAGUUUGGUGAUAAUAUCAACCUUGAACGUUAG